CAUCAUCUUCAUCAUCAUAAUCGGCAAUACCCCACCCCACCCCACCCCUAUCGCUUCUCCAACCUUCUCACUCUUCUUUCUUACUAAAAUUCUAAACGAAAAAAACCUUCAAAUUCAAUCAAUCCAAACACCCAUUCAUCUUUGAAGCUCCCUUUGGCUCUAGGUUAACAACAAAAUGGGUCUCUCACCAUACCAAAGCCCAUCAGAUGCUGGUGUUCUUUGUGUCAUUCUGGUCAACACAGUCAUGUCGAUUUCGAUCAUGAAAGAGAUAGUCCGGUCCAUUCUUCAUGUGAUCAGGAUCCACGUCGCGUCAGGGGAAGAUUACAACAGUCAGACGUUGUCCGAAUCGGUGGAAUGUAGAGGACCCCCUUCUGAAGCUUACAUGGGCGAGUUCAGAAGCCGAACACCGUCGGUUCUAUAUGAUUCCUUGUGUUGCCAAACCAAACAAGAAUGCUCGGUUUGUUUGGUCGAGUUUAAACUAGAUGCAGAGAUUAACCAGCUUUCGUGUGGGCAUGUUUUCCAUAAAUCUUGUGUUGAGAAAUGGUUGAAGUUAUGGAAUGUAACAUGCCCGCUUUGCCGAAACCACAUGAUGAUGCUGAAAGAGGGUGAAGAAGAUACUUGCCCAAUGUGAGGUUUUUUGGUGGUUUUAGUCUAUUAGUAGUGUGGUCAGUGAUGCACAGGGGUUUGUGUAGACGACGUACGCAAGUUUUUAGGAUGCUUUUUUAGUGUUUUUUUAGUUACCACCGACUUGCUGUGUUGCUGCACAAGCGCAGUUGGUGUAGCUGAUUUGAAAUUUACCCGCUUUGUAUAUAUAAAAUGCGUUUAGGUUUCCGGUGUUGUAUGCACCUGAGAAGCUGUGAACUUUCUUCUUUUUUGUUUUGAUUUGGGUUUGAAUCAGUUAUGGAGUUGAUCUUUCUUGUUGUA